AUGCAAAAUCCGCUCGAGGGCCUCGGCGUGCUGCUGUUCUCCGGCGCGGAGUCGCGCAUUUACGAGUGCCUGGACGGCGCGCAGCCGGCGCUGCUGAAGCACCGCUACAGCCGCAGCUACCGCCACCCGGAGCUCGACGGGCGGCUGCGCAAGCUGCGCACGCGCGCGGAAGCGCGCUGCCUCGCGAAGGCGCGCAAAGCCGGAGUCCGCGUGCCGGAAGUGUUCAAGGUCGACGAGGCCGCGGGCGUGCUGGUCAUGCAGAAGCUGGAGGGCGGCACGCUCAGUGCCGCCGUCGCUGCAGGCCCGGAGAACUUGAAGCCUGCGUUGUGGCGCGAGAUCGGCGAGACGCUGCACGCGCUGCACUUCAAAGCGAAUUUGACGCACGGUGAUCUCACGACGUCGAACUUUUUGCUUUGCUCGGACGGCGUGUACGUCAUCGACUUUGGUCUCGGCGAAAUGCGUUCGAACGCCGAGACGUGCGCCGUGGACCUGCUCUGCUUUUACAAGGCGUUUCACACCAAGCCGGUGACCGCUUUGGCCUUCAGUCCGUGCUUGCGCUUUUUGGCUUCGGGCGGCGUCGAUAAGCUCAUCUGCAUUUGGGACUUGCAUGAUUGCCGCUUGAUCAACAAGAUGGCUAGCCACCAGAAGCCGGUCUGUCACGCCGCCUUUUCGCCGGACGGCAAGCACCUCGCGUCCGCCGGCUUCGACAACUCCGUAAAGCUCUGGAACGGCUACACCGGCGGCACUACAAAGUCGUGA